GACGAGCACCUUUUUUGCAACGUCGAUGAAUUAUAUAGGUAGUUUUAUAAAUAAAAGUUUCAGUUCGAUUCACGAAGAAAAGGAGCAUCUUGCACUGAACCAAAAUCAUUCAUGAGAGCGAAGAUUGCACCUGGCCACACAUUGAUAAAGCGAAGUAGCAAAGACCCGAGACUAAGGCAGAGGAAUUCUCCCAAGACGUGGACCCAGGCGGAUUUGAAGUUCCACAUCAGUUGACGAAGUAAGAAGUCUUUGCAAGAUGACGAACAGCAGCAAAAUGUUGGAAAAGGCUUCCCCCAGCGGCAACGAGGUACACCUGAACAGGCAGUUCCAAGGGAAAGAGUCCAUCUUAUCCUCCCAGAUCAGCCUCCACGUUCAAGAAUCGAAACCGAAGAUCCCGGACGGUGGUUGGGGUUGGUGGGUCGUCUUCGCAGCUUGCAUGCUGAACGUGAUUUCAGAAGGUAUCACCCUCAGUUUCGGGUUUCUUUAUAUCGAGUUCCUGGAGGAGUUUAAGGCGUCGGCUUCAGUCACUUCUUGGAUUGGAAGUCUCUUCAUGGCGAUACCACUGUUGGCAGGUCCAUUGGCCAGCGCCCUGGUGGACAAAUAUGGCUGCAAAUACAUGACCGUAUUAGCCGGUAUCACAUGUAUGAUAGGCUUUAUGCUCAGUGCCGUAGCCAACUCCAUAGGUGUCAUGAUGUUCACCUUCGGCAUCAUCGGCGGUCUCAGCAGGAGUCUGACCUACGUCACCGCCGUGGUGGCCAUAGCCUUCUGGUUCGAGAAGAGACGUACCGUCGCUCUUGGGCUGCAGGGUAGUGGCGCAGGGCUCGGAACUGUCAUCUUUCCACCAAUCAGCAUCUUUUUGUUGAACGAGUACGGGUGGAGGGGGACUCUGCUAGUGUUUGCGGGCUUCGUCGCCAACAUGUGCGUGUGUGGCAUGCUUAUGAGAGACCCGGAGUGGAUCACGGAGGCAGAUACUCGGGAGAAGGAGCUUAAGAAACUUAAGAAGAAAACUGGAUCGGACGCAGCUUCGAGGAACGCUGCUUUAACCAGCAACUUAAAAACACAGUUGGCCAACGGCGAAGAAAUCCAAGCUUUGUUAAAUUCCCAAGCUAAUGACCCCAACGCAAAAGAUAGAUAUGUUUCCAUGGUCAAUCUACCCACUUAUCUAAAAUUUAACGACAAGGUUCCUAUAGAAGUGUUAAAACAACUCCGUGAAAACGAACAACUCUACAACUACAUCGUGCAGCAUAAUCCUAGUCUAUUGACCUGUAAAAGCACUUCCGAAAAAGGUCUCUACACGUUCCAUUCGCCCAAGCCAACUAGAGCGAACAAUUUGAAAGAUAAUGAGAAACCAGUGUUUCCCAAAAUUAAUGAAGAGGACGAAGAGGAAGCCGAAACGUCGGGUAAUAAGGGAGGUGCUUCAACAAAUGCCAGUACAAAAAAUAAGACUGAAAGUAAACCUCAUUCGCAUAGCUACCUCAAGAACAUAAGGCUCAGAAGGAAUUCCGUUGGUUGUCGGGGAGUGAUGUUGAAUAUACAUAAAGACAAUGGUAGGGCUUUAAGUUGUCCUAAUGUUUAUAGAUUAACAACACUGGACGCAAGUAAAGAUGAGAAAUGGUACGAUGAAAUUUUGGACAUAUUAAAAAACCUGGCCAAUUUCUCCCUGUUCCUAGAACUACAUUUUCUGAUGCAGUCGUUAUCAACGAUUAUUCUGUUCACCUGGUUCAUUGUACCUUACUUCUAUCUAGCCGAGCACAUGACAAGGAUUGGUUUCACUGAACAACAAGCUUCUUUCGCAAUUUCUGUUAUUGGCUUUACAAAUACCGUUGGAAUGGUAUUCCUUGGAAUCGUAGGGGAUCGAUUCAAUGUAGCUAAAACGUAUUGCGUCUGCUUGAUACUUUGUGGGGUCAGUGUGUUAUCCAUGAUAUACUUUACAACCAAUUACAUACUGCUAGUGAUAAAUUGCGGUCUGUUUGGACUGUUUUUCGCCAGCUGCUUUUCAUUAUCACCUGCCCUUUUGAGUACUCUGGUCCCGUUGGAAAGCUUCACCAUGGCCUUUGGUUUAGGACUUCUUUGUGAAGGAAUUGGGAACUUGAUUGGUCCGCCACUAGCAGGUCUUAUUUUUGAUAUUACCCAGUCUUGGGACCAGUCAUUUUACCAAGCGGGAGUUUGGAUCAUAAUUUCGGGGAUUUUUAUAGGUGUUAUUGCCUUCACGAAAAACAGAAGGAUCGUAGGCUCUGCACCUUUGAUGAAAGACAAAAAAGCUCAGGCUGGGACAACAGUAUAACAAGAUAAUUAUUUUUUGAACCACAUUGCAUUUAUAAGUAUUGUUAAUAUAGUUAAUUUACUCUUUUAGAUAUAUUGUUAUUUAUUAUCAGAUUGUUGUAAUAAAUUAUAAUUUGAAUGACUUGUAGUACAAAGAUAUUACCACUGAGUAUAUAAAGGAUGUAACUAAAAUACUUGGCCAAACUUUAAUAACAAAAAAAAUCGGAAACACUUUAUUUUUGAGGUAUACGUUCCAAAUUAAUGAAAAUAUAUUGUUUGUUUGAAGCUGCAACAGUAAAUAUCAUAAUUUAUUUAUCCCAUUUAUACCGCUCAUCUAAAUAAACAAGACAUUUUUUAGAAUA